GGGAACAGGCCGUCCUACCUACCGGACUCGGAGGGCUAGGACUGAGGAGAACGGAGGAAGUCGCGCUCCCGAGCUUCAUCGCUUCGCUCCACCGCUGCCAGCAGCUGCUACAUACCAUCCUGCCGGCAAGCUUCGCGGAUAAAAUCUUAAACGAGCUGAAGCAGGCAGAAGAGGAGUGGCUCGUAAAAGCUGGCGGCAAGAUGGCUCCUGCAGACGACACACGCGACCGACAGAAAUCCUGGGACGCUCCGAUCGCCGAACACCAAAGGGACCGCCUUCUGCUCGAAGCCAACCAAUUCGACCGCGCUCGUAUCCUAGGCGCAGCGACGCCUGAAAGCGGAGCAUGGCUCAGAGCUCUCCCGUCUUCUAGUCUGGGAACCCACCUGGACAACGAGACAGUGAGAAUCGCAGUCGCUCUACGUGUCGGCGCCGAUGUUUGCAGCGGCGUCCACGCCUGCAGGUGCGGCUCGCCUGCCGACGUCAAGGGACACCACGCUCUCACCUGUCAGUUCAGUGCUGGAAGAUUACCGCGCCACACAGCACUGAACGACAUAGUCAGACGUGCUCUGUCGACUGCAGGCAUACCAGCUCAGCUCGAGCCGUAUGGUGUCGACCGGGGCGACGGAAAGAGGCCAGACGGCAUGACCAUCUACCCAUUCUCGCAUGGCCGUUGCCUAGUUUGGGAUGCGACAUGCGUCAAUACAUUCGCAGACUCAAGACUGGGAGGUGCCGCGCUGAAGUCUGGGGCGGCGGCCAAGAAAGCAGAAGACGAGAAGCGCCGAAAGUACGCCCAGCUCACCCAGCGUUUCAGGUUCGAGCCAGUUGCAUUUGAGACAGACGGCGCCUGUGGUCCUACGACCAAAGCCUUCCUCCAAGAACUUGGUGCUAAAAUGGCGGCGGUCACCGGCGACCAGCGAGAGAUGGAGUGGCUCUGGCAGCGACUCUCCAUCGCCAUUGUGAGAGGUAACGCCGCUUCAGUUCUCUUGGAGUGUGCCACUGACCCGUCCCAACAACACCUCAGCGCCGAGCGCCCCAACAGGGAGAGCGCUGAGCAACAGCUGGCGACGGCGGCCGGCUCGAGGCGGUCUGGCUGCUCGGGUGGUUCCCGGUUAGUGGCAAGCCAGCAGAGGUGGUCGCCGCCGUCGCCGAAGAAGUUGGAGGAGGAGAGCAGGGCGCUGCAGCUGCACGGCGGCAAGGCGCACACGGCUCGCGAGCUACAGCUGACCCCAGCCGCAGACCCCGACAAACACGGCAACGAUCCGCUCUACACCGGACUUCCCAAUUACGGUAACUCGUGUUACCAGAACGCCACAAUGUACGUUGUGUCUCACCGCUCACUGCCCGGCAACCCCUGCGAAGACGGAGGCGGGACUGGCAGUCAAUCUGACGGCAGACCGCUCGGUCUCACCGGCCUCAGGAACACGGGCAACACCUGCUUCCUGAACACAGUCGUCCAGUGCCUGAGCAACACACGCGCUCUCCACGAUUACAUCCUGCGCGAUGGACGCUCCUCAGAUGCCAGCAUGCCUGCCGCCGCUACGAAGGGGUCCCUCAUGAACACAUUCUGCGCUCUGAUACGCGACAUGUGGACAUCCUCGGACGAAACGGAGCGGGUGCUCACCACCGCACCACUCAAGUCGAUGAUCCAACGGCUCGCGCCGCGCUUCAUGGGCUCCCAGCAGCAAGACGCGCAGGAAUUCCUCAGAUAUCUGCUGGAGGGACUUCACGAGGACGUGAACCGGGUGACGAGCCGGCCAAAGCCGAUCACGACCGACAUCGAUGACUCAAUGAGCGCCAGUCAAAAGUCAAUGGAGGCCUGGAAACGUUUCUUGCGCCUGGAAAACUCCAAGUUUGUUGACCUGUUCGUGGGCCAGCUCAAGGCUACCCUGCGGUGCACGGUAUGUGGCCACGAAUCGGUUACCUUCAGCCCGUUCUGGGAUCUGAGUCUGCCAAUCCCGUCACGAAGUGGCCAGGUGCGCCUACAGGCCUGUUUUGACCUGUUCACCAAAGAGGAGGUGCUCGAUGGCGACGAAAAACCGACCUGCUCAAAGUGCCAGAAGCGCCAAAAGUGCACCAGGAGCCUCUCGAUCCAGAAGUUCCCGCGCAUCCUCGUGGUGCACCUGAAGCGGUUCUCGCCUCAGGAGAGGUUCGGCGGAAAGCUGAACAUCACUGUCGACUUUUCGAUGAACGGUCUGGACCUGUCGCCCUACUCGGCCGGACAGACGCCCUGCCGGUACAGCCUAUACGGCGUGGCGAACCACUCUGGCACGCUGCUCUCAGGACAUUACACCGCUUACUGCCGACACCCGUACACGGCAGAGUGGUACGAGUACAACGACUCGCGGGUCCACGUGAUGGAUCAGAGAAACGUCAACAGCGGAAAGGCAUACGUGCUGUUCUUUGAGCUGGCCGGCUCGAAACACCGCUCCGGCUCGACCCACGUCUAGUCAUCCAGUCACGGGAGAGGAGCCUGCGAUCGUCACCCGCUCGGGCCCUGUGUAGUCACACCGGCCGGCGCACAUUCUGCACGGACAACUCUAGCCAGCGGCCUAUCGUGAUUUGUGAUAUUGGGUGUAAGGUGUUGUUAAAAACCAGAACGGUCUUUUUUAUCGUGAACUGUAAACUGUCCCGCAUAGCA